AUGUCACGAGAUUUGCAAAGCCGGUCUGUACGGAAACUACAAAUAUGCUACUUCAAAGGAAGCGCAGAUGAGAAAGUCUCGAUUGAUACAAAGAGCACCAUCGCCCGACUUCGAGCCGUUGUCCAGUAUAAAGGCUACAAGUAUCAAAUCAAUUUCACCGGCGGGCUGCCAGAUGAGCCGUUUGGAUCGAAGGUGAUUUCAAAGAAUGAAGCCAUGGAUUGGGUUCAAAGAAUGCUUCUUCGCUCAAGAGGAACCGAGCUGGUUCGCAGCUUCAAUCCUCAUUUGCUGGCUAGCGAUCAUGUUGGGUACGUCAGCCGAGGUUUUGAGACGUUCCUCGAUAAUAUAUCGAGAAGGAGGGCACCUGAGGAUGUCAAGGCUCGAAUUUGGUCGUCAAUAAUGUUGGAGGCACUGGAAGAGCGUCGACGGACAGCAUUAAACGAGUUGGAGAAGCUUCACUUCAACAAGUACAAGACUGUUGAUAUUGAGAAGAUUGUUUCCGCCUGCAGUCGACCUAUCUCGUUCAACAUGGAAAAGGUGCAGCAAAAGAAGUUUGUCGCCAACGUGAUGACUCAGGUCAUCGAACGUCACAUUACUAGAGGACUUGGCAACAUUUUCUCGCCUUUGGUCGUCGUCAACAUGAGUGAUGCCAGAAUCGAAGCUAUUGCCUCUGAGAGACUGGUGACUAAGCGCCAGCGAGUCUUCCUGACGGACCGUAUCAAGAAGCUCGAGGGUAGUCGUGAGAUUUCCCGCGAUAUUAUGGGCUCUGCUUUCACGUCGUGA